CUCUCCAUCGUCAUCGUCACACCCCAGCGAGGGGUCGGCGCCCGGCGUCGCCGGCGCCGAAACGCUGCUCAGGGUGAGCGCACACUCGUCACUGACUUCCCUUCCCUCACCAGUGCCGUCAUGAGCUCAGGCCGUCGUCACCUGUUUGGACAACAUGAUCAACGUCACGCGGACCAUGAAGGGCUGUCGAUCACUUCGCCCUUGCCGCGCGCCCACAACGAAUCAUCGCCCUCGACUGUAUCGCUGACGACUGCACCUCCCCCUCAAACCGUUCAAUCGACUGGAUCAGACACGUUCACAAAAUCAGAAUCUGGAUCAUCGUCGCACACACGCCGAGAGGUGUCUCCCAUGGGAUCUAUUGGUCGCCUGCGCCACAUCUACUCCCUCCAUUCUCUUUCGUCGCGAACCUCUACGGACGACACGCCUACCAGCGUACCCUUCCCUCCACCGCCCGGGCAAGAGCAUCGCCGUUCAACGACACAAGCGAAUCGCAUCAAGACCUCGCACGUGCGAUCCACGGGCGAAGCAACGCCGCUACCAGCACCAAACUAUUCCAGCUCAUGGCAAGACUGCUGUGCCACGCCUUUCGAAAGUUUUCGCACCUACUUUGAUCACGCCAGCAACACCGAGCGCGACCCUCAUCCAUCUGCCCCCUUGUCAUCGAAAGACGCACCAGACGACGGGUACUUGCAUCAGCUCCACGCAUACUCGUUCGACGCAUCUCAGUCUGCACCGUUCAGCCCGUCUGUGGAGUCGACAGCAUCUCCUUCCAUCGAUGGGGACGCCACUACUGAGGAAUCUACCACUGCAUGGCGCGCACCAGCUCGCAUUCGUGUCAUCACGCCGGCUGGAACGGUUCAGGAGACUAGUCCUCGAGCCGGAAGACCUUUGGCAUCAUUCGUUCACCAUGCAAGCCUCGAUGCCUUAGCUCACGCGGGCCAUCAAGCUCCUCUCGUGUCGCCACGUCAGCGCCAACAGUAUGACGUGACAUCCAAUUUCGACAGUCGCGGCAAUCCGACGCAAGAUGAUCCGGCUUCUCCCUGCCGACCCGGCACGCCUUUGCCUCCAGAGCUCUUCGAACGACGUCCGACUGGCACUGCUGGCCGUCUCCAACCACUGGAGCGUCCGGAACCUGGCAAGCUCGUGUCAUACUACCGUGUCGAGCCCCACCCAAGCAUUCCUGGUGACGAGGUGAUGAUGUGGCACGGUUCGGAUCUUUCACCAUACACCUCGUCGACGGGUGCUCCACCAUCAAGCGCGACGGAGCUUGCGCCUACUAUCGGGGUGGAUGAACUUGUCGACCUCUUGAGCAAUUCUCGCCGACCAGCCGCCCCGAUUCAGACCGAUGCGGCAUCCACUUCAUCGGACGAGACUUGCUGGAGCCAGGAGAGUCAUCCAGAUAACCAUCUCCCUCCCUAUCAUUCUGCGAACUCCUCGGAUGAUUUGACAACUCAACGUGGUGGACCCGCUCUCAAUAUAUCUGUCCCUGCCUCCAGUCAUGUGGUGCGCCGCACAGUCAGCUCCGAGCAACUGGAUGAGCCGCAGCCCAAUGUCCCAUCUCUAUCGCACCAAGCAAGCGCCGAGUGGAAUCUGUUUGAUGAAGAAACGCCGAACACGGCGCCGCCGAGCGAGCGCUUCCCAGCGCCCAGCGAGCGCUUUCCUUGGUCGGCCGUGCCCGCCAUCUUCGCAAAGUUACCGUCGCCACCGCCUCCACAAGAUCCGAACAACCUGAUCAUGAAGCCUCGAACGCAGGAACCUCGCUUUCCUGAGGAUUUAUACACCCCACGUUGGGUACGAGCUGGGCGCAAAAGCGUCGUCAAAGCUGAUUCUGGAACGAAAGAAGGUUGGUGUGGGCUUUGCACCCUCGAAGGCGAGCAAGGCGACCCCGCUGAAAAUGGAGGCAGCUGGCACAAUCUCCGAAACAGUAGCUGGCGAUACCAUAUGCUUAGAGUGCAUGGCAUUGGGGCGCGCUCAGGCUGUCCGGUACGCGAGCCUGUCGAGUUACACAGUGUGCCCCAACUAGAGAAGAAGAUGCGAGGAAGAUGCUACUAUUGCAGCCAGUGGAUCGUUUUCGACGCCACUUUUCCACCUACCAACUGGUAUGUGCACGCAGUGCAAUUCAGACCAAUCGGAUGACCGCGCCUUCGACGUCGACGACAGCGUUGCGCUCGUCGAGGAGGAGCAGCAGCCGCUCGAUGCGGCCACGAAGAAGCUGAAACGCAACACGCAGGCUACGUCGUCGCCGGUCUCGAAGACCAGAAGGCUCAAGUCGAUUUUCUUGCGACGUACCUCAACGAGCGCUGAAAGUACCGCAAGCUCUUCAACUCCAGCGCGUACCCCUCCAAGCGCGACGCCUCCCCCGAGCACUUGGCCAGCAGCUGUGCCUAGCAA